ACUUCUCCACAGAAGCAGCAGCCAGGGUGACAGAAGGGGAAGAUGGCGGCGACAAUGCUGAGGUCGCUCUCCAGACUCGGACGUCCUUCAGUCAUAUUAAACAGUAAUGUCAGCACUCCAGCCUGUGCUGUGCUUCAGAAGAGGCUGAAGCAAUGGCAGCCAGAUGUGGAGUGGGCAGAGCAGUACUCUGGAGCUGUGAUGUAUCCCAGUGUCAUCACUGAGAAAUGGGCACCUCCACCUUGGAACGAUAAGGACCCACCAGCAGAGAAAGAGGUUUCCAACCUCACUAUCAACUUCGGGCCUCAGCACCCGGCGGCUCAUGGAGUGCUGCGUCUGGUGAUGGAGCUCAGCGGAGAGUCGGUGAAGAAAUGUGACCCUCACAUCGGCCUCCUGCACCGCGGCACUGAGAAACUGAUUGAGUACAAGACUUAUUUACAGGCACUUCCAUACUUCGACAGGCUUGACUAUGUGUCCAUGAUGUGUAAUGAGCAAGCAUAUUCUCUAGCUGUAGAAAAGCUUCUUAACAUCCAGGCUCCACCACGUGCACAGUGGAUUAGAGUUCUGUAUGGAGAGAUGACCCGUAUCCUUAACCACAUCAUGGGCAUCACCACCCACGCCCUUGACAUUGGAGCCAUGACCCCUUUCUUCUGGAUGUUUGAGGAGAGAGAGAAGAUGUUUGAGUUCUAUGAGAGAGUGUCUGGAGCCAGGAUGCACGCUGCGUACGUCAGACCCGGUGGAGUUCAUCAGGACUUGCCUCUUGGUCUCAUGGACGACAUCUAUGAAUGGUGCAAGAACUUCUCUAUUCGCAUUGAUGAAGUUGAGGAGAUGCUGACCAACAAUCGUAUCUGGAGGAACAGAACUGUUGAUAUCGGUGUAGUUGGGGCAGAGGAUGCACUCAAUUAUGGAUUCAGCGGAGUGAUGCUCAGAGGUUCUGGUAUUAAAUGGGAUCUGAGGAAGAGUCAACCAUACGACAAAUACGACGAGGUGGACUUUGACGUGGCCGUUGGAAGUAAUGGCGACUGCUAUGACAGGUAUCUGUGCCGAGUGGAGGAAAUGAGACAGUCGCUGCGCAUCAUGCUUCAGUGUCUCAACAAAAUGCCUGCUGGAGAGAUCAAGGUAGAUGAUGCUAAAAUAGCCCCACCCAAGAGAUCGGAGAUGAAGACGUCAAUGGAAUCUCUCAUUCAUCACUUUAAGCUGUACACUGAGGGCUACCAGGUUCCUCCAGGAGCCACAUAUACCGCUGUAGAGGCACCAAAGGGUGAGUUUGGUGUGUACCUGGUAUCUGACGGUUCCAGCAGACCUUACCGCUGCAAGAUCAAGGCGCCUGGCUUUGCCCACUUGGCUGGUUUAGAUCAAAUGUCUAAAGGACACAUGCUUGCUGACGUGGUGGCAAUCAUCGGUAAGUUUCUCUCUCAUUGAUACACAUCUCAGUUCGGUCUGUUUUGUAGAUUUGCAUAU